AUGGAUCACAAGCACAAGGCCGGGAAAGCCCAGCCCAAUCUGAUGGCUCGUCCAGAACAGGCCUCAAAGAAGAAAAGAAAGUAUUCCUCUCUUUCCUCGUUCGGCUCAACCAAGCUUAGCCACCAUCGGUCUUCUCAACCAGUUGACACAUCGGGAGCACUUUCAGAUCCACACUGGGGGCAUGAGCAAGGCCCUUCAAAUAAUAUGUCAGAUGAGGGCGAGGCGGUCUUGCACACCAACCAUGAAAAGGCAAUAUCGCUUACCCCGAACCUUUCAGACGAGUUGAGUGGCCCCGCUAUCCCUCGACGCCCUCGGUCGGAGCGGAAGCAUCCUUUGAAAUGGCCUAGAAAUGAAAGCGCAGCUGCGCCGGAAGACACUUUAGACCUCACUUCCGACUCUGCCGACAUACAACCAGCUGCAUCAUUGCACCAGCCUGAUGAUAAUGAGCAGAGAAGGCAAUUGCAGGCCAAGCUUGACAAGAUUGCCAGAGAAGUCGUCGAGGAUUUCUUCAAAAGCAAGGAUAAUUCAAAGUUGCCCGCCCAACAUCAGAGGAUGCUGGUCACAAAGGCGAUCUUUGACGCGCGCCUAAAGGCCAGGCAGGAAAUGCUCGAGAGCGACCCGUCUCAAGCUAAAAGACACUUCUUUAGAGUCAGAGGUGACGAGAAAGAGGCCAUUGACAAGGAGCUUCUAAAUGAGCUUGUUCAUGAUGUCUCCAACAAGAAUUGGAGAGAAGCAAAUCCCGAAAGGUAUCGAAGAUACCAACGGGAGUAUUAUCAGCAACGCUUUGCGCCGAGCAAACGAAAGAUGGCCAAAAUGUCCGCUGGAAUGCCCGGGCCAGAGAGAAAACGGGAGAUAUCUGCAACUUUCCACAAGCUGAAAGCCCGGUUGCAGAGGCGGGCCUCAUUGCCUCCCGUAGAUUGGAGCGAAGGACAAGAAUUGCCGCGUUCAUAUAAGGCAUGGACGCAGAACGACACAAAUGAAGUGUUCAAAUUUGCCCGAGAAUUUCCAAGUACCGGCAAGAAACGACAAGCGGAGCAUCAUCGCCUAAAGGCGGCGAAAAGGAGGUGA